AUGGAGAAGGGAGACGCGGUUGACCGCAUGGAGAAGGGCGACCUCACAGACCGCAUGUCGCGGCAGACGGGGGAGACGCUCAUCGCCUCCUCCCCCGACAACUCGCCUAAGGAGAAGACCUCAGUUCUGAACGAGAAGGACGAGCACGAUGCCUCUGCGCCCCCGCUCGUCGCGCCCGAGCCCCCGGCCGCCGCGAGUCUGUUCGGCGGUGUGUCCCCGGACUCGAUCGAUCACGAGGAGGGUCUCGUCCCCGUCCGAUCGCGCGAGGAGGCGGAGCAGCGCGAGGACGAGCGCCAGAAGAUUGCCUCCGACCCGUGGUCGGUCAAGUUUGAGCCCGGAGAGAAGAUCAACCCGAAGAACUGGUCGCUCGGAUUCAGGUGGUACCUGACGGUGCUUGGCUCGCUGCUCGUGCUCAACUCGACGUUCGCGUCCAGUGCCCCGUCGGGCAUCAUGGGCGACCUGAUGCAGCAGUUCCACAUCGGCACCGAGGUCGGCGUCCUGUGCAUCUCCCUCUUUGUCGCUGGCUACUGCCUCGGACCGCUCCUGUGGGGUCCCCUUUCUGAAAUCUACGGACGAAGGCCGAUUGCUAUUCUCUCGUUCAUCUUCUAUGUCGGUUUCCAGAUCGGAUGUGCCCUCGCCCCCAACACGGGCGCUAUCCUCGUCUUCCGCUUCCUGUCCGGAACCUUUGCCGCGGCCCCGCUGACCAACUCGGGUGCCCUUCUUGCUGAUAUCUGGGACUCGGACUACCGUGGCACGGCGAUGGCUCUGUUCGGUCUCGCGCCGUUCGCGGGCCCAUCGCUCGGCCCGAUCAUCUCUGGCUUCAUCUCUGUCGGCGGCGCAUCGUGGCGCUGGGUGUUCUGGGUCACGACGAUUUUCGCCGGCACGUGUCUCGUGCUGAUCACCUUCACGAUGCCCGAGACGUACGCGCCCGUGAUUCUGAAGAAGAAAGCCCAGCGCCUGCGCAAGGAAACGGGCGACGAGAGGUGGUACGCGCCGAUCGAGCGGCACAAGACCUCGUUCAAGCAGCGCAUGAACGACAUCAUCCUGAAGCCGUUCAUCAUGCUGUUCCUCGAGCCGAUGCUGCUCGCCAUCACCAUCUACAUGUCCUUCGUGUACGGUGUUGUGUACUUGCUCUUCGAAGCCUUCCCCUUCGUCUUUGUCAAGAACCACGGCUUCAACGCGGGCGAGAACGGCCUCGCGUUCCUCGGCUUCUUCACUGGCGGCGUCAUCUGCUGCAUCGGCUACGUCACAAUGAUGGAGCCGCGCUACCAGAAACAGUGCAAGCGGGUCGCGCCGCUGAUGCCGGCGCCGGAGCUGCGCCUGCAGCUCUGCGUGAUCGCGUCCUGGUCCCUCGUCAUUGCCAUGUUCUGGUUCGGCUGGACGUCCUACGCGUCGAUCCACUGGAUCUCGCCCGUGAUUGCGGGCGGCCUGCUCGGCGUGGGUGUGCUCGGCCUCUACACGUCCCUCUUCAACUACAUCGUCGACGUGUACCUGUGGGCGGCCGCCAGCGCCCUGGCAGCGAGCACGGUGGUGCGCUCGUCGUUUGGAGCAGGCUUCCCCCUCUUCGCCACCCAGAUGUACGAGAAACUCGGCACGCAGUGGGCGUCCUCCCUCCUCGGCUUCAUUGCGCUCGCCAUGACGCCCGUGCCCCUCCUGCUCAUCAAGUUUGGCCCGAGGCUGCGCGCAAAGUCCAAGUUUUCGCCGAAUAUCGAGACGGCCUAA